AUGCCGUUCAAACACACCUGGGUCAGCGCAGACAGCCACGGCUUUCCUUGGCUGCUUCAUCCCCCCCAAGAGAUUAUUGAGGAAGUUAAGAAAUGUGUCAGCUUCUGCUCCCCGGGUCCCCACGUCAUUAUACAGGUCAUCCGUUUGGGCCAUUUCAGUGAGGAGGAGAUCAAGGUCGCCAAGCUGAUCAAUAGUAUCUUCAGCCUGAAGGCCAAGGCCUACCUGAUUGUCUUGUUCACCCGCAAAGAAGACCUGGAGGGGCGCCCUCUUCAAGAGGUGCUGUCCGAGGGAGACGAAAGCCUGGAGCCUCUGAGGAAGCAAAUCAAGAGUUGUGGGAAUCGGUACCUGGCUUUCAACAACAAGGCGGAAGGGAAGGAACGGCAGGAUCAGGUGGAUGAGCUGAUUCGGAUGGUGGAUGACCUCGCACGGAAGAACUCGGCGGAGCCCUAUUACACCAAAGAGAUGAUGGAGGAGGACAAGAAGAGGGCGCCUGGAUGGUCAUGUACCCUCCUCUGAUCCCGGAGUGUCUUCAUCACCGACGGAGACCCCUGGGGGAUACUGUUCAAACACACCUGGGUCAGCGCAGACAGCCACGGCUUUCCUUGGCUGCUUCAUUCCAAGGCCGCUUUCCCCUCCCCUCAAAAGGCCACUGGACUUUGUUAUUUCCCUGAAGAGGUUUUGCUCCUCAUCCCAGAAGCUUCCUCAGAUUCUGAAGAAGCUUUGGGGAUAAGGAAAGAGACCUCUUCAAGGCAAAACCGAAGAAAGGCCCCCAGUGGCCUUCUAAAAAAGCAUCUCUGGGGCAGCCAUGAGCCACAGGAUAGGGAAUCACCCUAGACCGAAUCACAAUAGAGCUGGAAGCGACCGUGGAGGUCUUCUAAUCCAACCCCCCAUCACUCAAGAACUAAAGUCUAUACAAUCUUCUUAGAAAUCCCCAGUGAUGAAUCCCUACAACUUCUGAAGUCAAGCU